CUUUCUUACUGAUGGGGGUGAUUAGGGUUAACUUCUUUAGCCUGCUUUAAGUUAAGUGAGACAAGAUUUAAUUAAUCUCCAGACUCCAGUAGUUUGACGUUUCAACCAUGUAUCCUGUAGAAAAACAGAGCAUGCAGAUAUUCGAGGGCUCUAUGGAUAGCUUAUAUGAGCCAGUCCCAGAGCAACACGCUAACCAAGGAAGCACCUCUGUCGGGACUGGUUCUCUUAUCUCACCUCAUGGGGAGAGUGGAAAAGCACACACCAAUCUCUUCAUGGAAGUUUCUAAUUUUGAGAAUGCCAAACCAAAAAAAAAGUCAAUCCGGAGAUCUAUGUCUGAAAACAAAGGAUUUGAAAGGAAAAUAGCGAAUGACACAACCUGGCAAGAACCCAGCAAGCCAGAGAAUGAUUCCCACAUCAGAAGACUCAGUCAGCUAAAAGAUCUAAAUGAAGAGGAUUUUCUUUUGAGUAAUUACAUGCAUACUUUUCAAGGAAAAAAACCACAAGGCAUUUCCUGUCAGGCUGAAACAUCAGGCGGUGACCCAGCGGAAUCAAUGGGGACGUUAAAGAGACUACAGAAAUUGGUUUGGACCAAGAAAGCCAGGGUGCCGAGUCUGAAUGAGAUAAAACCCACAUUAAUAAACCUUGAAGAUGAAGAUGAAACUUUAAUUUCCUGUAUGAAAUUAACCAAAUCCCAAGAAAAGAAAAUUAGUAAUGUUAGCACAAGGGGAAAGGAAGAAAUGGAGGGGAGAUUGGAUUCUAUUUCUGCAUCACUGGUUAGAUCCAGCAUUUCCACUGAAGGCAAUACGGCAGAAAUGUUAUCACACAAUGAAGGUGAAGUUCAGAUGUGGAACAGCUGGAAGCUUUUUCCAGAAACCCCUCUCUGGACAUGUGUUGAUUUUCAAAUUGCCCAAGUUGGACCCUGGAAUGACUGUUUGCGCUGCACUCACCACCCACAACUUAAGUCUUCUUGUACAGAUAUGGAUCUCCCACAUUCUUGGCGCAGCAGCAGUUUUGGGAAUUUUGAUCGUUUUCGGAAUCAUUCCAUUUCAAAACCAGAUGAUUCAACUGAGGUGUAUGAAGGGGAAUCCAUAAAUGAAAAUGGAGAACAAAAUAAAACUUCAAAUAAUGGAGGAAGUUUAGGGAAAAAAAUGAGAGCUAUUUCCUGGACAAUGAAGAAAAAAGUGGGUAAAAAAUACAUCAAAGCCCUUUCUGAGGAAAAGGAUGAGGAGGAUGGAGAGGAUACCCUCCCAUACCGGAACAGUGACCCAAUGAUUGGAUCUCACACAGAGAAGAUCUCCCUCGAAGCCAGUGACUCCAUGGAUAGUCUCUACAGUGGGUGGAGUUCAUCAAGUGGAGUAACAAGUUGUUCAGAUGGUACAAGUAACCGGGACAGUUUUCGACUUGAUGAUGAUGGCCCAUACUCUGGACCAUUCUGUGGCCGUGCCAGAGUACAUACUGAUUUUACACCAAGCCCCUAUGACACUGACUCCCUCAAAAUCAAGAAAGGAGACAUAAUAGACAUUAUCUGCAAAACACCAAUGGGGAUGUGGACAGGAAUGCUGAACAAUAAGGUGGGAAACUUCAAAUUUAUUUAUGUGGAUGUCAUCUCAGAAGAGGAAGCAGCCCCCAAGAAAAUAAAGGCACACCGAAGGAGUGGAAAGGAAAAACCCAAGACUCUGCAGGAGUUCUUACAGAGGAUUGACCUUCAGGAAUAUACCUCAACACUGUUACUCAACGGUUAUGAGACCCUAGAAGAUUUAAAGGAUAUAAAAGAGAGUCAUCUCAUUGAAUUAAACAUUAAAAACCCAGAAGACAGGAUGAGGUUACUAUCAGCUGCUGAAAAUCUCCUUGAUGAAGAAACUAUUCAAGAGCAAGAAAAUGAAUCUGUGCCCCUAUCCUUAAGCCCAGACAUCUCCUUAAAUAAGUCACAGUUAGAGGACUGCCCAAGGGACUCUGGUUGUUAUAUCUCAUCAGAAAAUUCAGAUAAUGGCAAAGAAGAUGUGGAGUCUGAAAAUCUCUCUGACAUGGUACAGAAGAUUACUAUCACAGAGCCAAGUGACUGAAUACACAUUCUCAACUUUGUAUCUACAGACACAUUCCACUUUAAUUCUAUUUGAGCUAAAAGAUCAAAUAGGAGAGAAAGAGAAGUAUUUGCGAAUACAACCUGAAGUUAAAAUAUUUUAAUCAGAAUGAUUUUACACAAAAGUUCAUGUCUCCAACAUUCCCAAUUAUUGUAAAUAGUAUGUAUAUUUAUUAUUUUGAAUGCUACAUGUUAAUAUUUCAUUUGCCUGUAUGAGAAGAGGUAUGGUGUAAGUCUUUGGUGUGUGUGAGAUAAGAUUUAUUCAUCUUUAUUUUCUAAGUGCAACAUGAAAAAUUCUGCAGUGAAAAACUCAUUUUUUCAUCCCUGCCAGUUUUGAACUUAUGUACGUUAUUGAACAAAUAGUAAUGGAGCGAGUAUCUGUAUAACCAAUUGUCCAAGCAGCAGUUACACUCAUUUUUAUACUUAAUAGGAAAGUGUGAGUUGACACUGGAGACAUUUUCUCUUGAUCCAGAGUGGAGUUUUAGUAAUUAUUUUUUGUUGAUUUCUUCACUGUUAUCUGGUAUAAAGGAAGAGUUAACAAGAUGCUGUCAAUUCUUAUUUAGUAAAACUAAUUUUAAUAAUUGUACAGAUGUUUCAUUUUCAAUUAUAAAUAUUUUAAAUUUUGAAAUAGCCUAAUUUUAAUAAUAAAAAGAACUACGUGCAUUUACUCUUUUCCACACGAGUGGUGCUUAAGGUAUUUUUUAAUGUUUUGACUUCUAGACAAAAUAUCUCUUGCCAUACAAGGUUUUAUAGUCUCUCUCUCUCUCUCCAUAUAUAUAUAUAUAUAUAUAUACAUAUAUAUAUAUAUAUAUAUAUAUAUAUAUAUAUAUGAAUCCCACAAAACUGCAAGUGAGCAAAAAAAAGGGCAAACUUUAUCUUCUAGGAUAGCCAGGCUUGAAUAUCUGAGUGUAAAUAUCUCUUUAAUAAUAAACAAAUACAUUGUUUACUUAUGGAAACAAUAUAUAUUGUUACAUAUAUUAUUUUAAUAUGUAUAAUAUUUUAUUAUAUAUGUUUUAUAUAUAUAUAUAUAAAAUUUCCAAAUCAAUCAACACUUCAAUCUGUCUCCUCCUGAUAGAUCUGUGUCAUCCAACUUCCUGAAUACUUCUAUGUCUUAGUCAGCUCAGGCUGUGUAACAAAAUACCACAGAUUGGGUGGCUUAAACAAUAGAAAUUUAAUUUCUUACAGUUCUGGAGGCCAAAAGUCCAAGAUGGGGCUGCAGCAUGGGUGGACUUUAAUGAGAGCUCUUCCUGGCUUACAGAUCGCUACCUUCUCACUGUGUCCUCACACAUCAGAAACAGUAAGUUUUCUGGUGUUUUUUCUUAGAAGGGCACUGGUCCAAUCAUGAAGGCCCCACCCUUACAGCCUUAUUUAAACUAAUUAUCUCCUCAAAACCCCAUCUAUAAAUACCAUACACUGGUACCAUACACUGGGGGUGAGAGCUUCAACAUAUGAACUUUGUGGGGAGAGGGGUCCAGUUCAGCCCAUAACACUCUAGAAGCUUCAACUCAACAUACCUAAAUCUUUGAUUUUCUCUACAAAUUUUCCUCUCCUUUUUUAUUCCAAACAAAGCUCUCUCUUUAAUGGCACCAAUACCCAGUUACCCAAAACAGAAAAUCAUUUCUCACUUCAUCUCACUCAUACAUUUCUCAUACAGAUUCAAUAUGUAAUCAAGUCUGACCUCUAGAUGUGCUCUGCCAUUCAUGGCUUUCUAUCCAUUCCCAUGGCUACUGUAUUGCUUUGGAAUGUCAUUAUCUCAUAUAUUAAAUAGUGCAAUGGCUUUCCAACUCACCCCUGUUCUACCUGUGCCCUACCUUUUAAUCCAUCCUCCCAACAGCUUCCAGAAAGAUCUAACCUGUAUAGCAAAUCAUGUACUUCCAGCUUGAAAUUUUUUUUUAGCUCCUCACUAUCUUUAGUAUAAUAUUUAAACUUUCCUCAAAGAUACAUAAGGUUCUUCACAACCAUUUUUUUUUACCUAACCUAUGAGUUGUAUCUUUCCUCUCCUUUCUCUCAUUCUACACUCUGCAGCCAUAACAAUCUAGUUGCAAUUCUACAAAUUCACUAUUUCUUUUGUGACUUUUCUUAUGCUAUUUAUUUUCCUGGAGUGGCUACUAUGAAUUUCUACGUCUAGGAGCCUCCCUCUGUUUUUCCUCUUAAGACACAUCACAAAAGUCACUUACUCUGUGAAGUGUUCCAUGAUUUCCUUCGGUGUACUUCUCUGUGUUUCCAUAGCAACUUGUAUCUCUGUUGGUUAUGGCACUUAACAUAUUAUACUUUAUCUAUUUGAAAGGCACUUGUCCUUCCACAACACUGUGAUCUUUUUGUGAAAGAGAUCUCUGGUGCCUGGUACAAUACUGGGUACAGAAUGGGAACUUAGGAAAUGUUUGCUGAAGUGCAUUGAAUGGAAUUAUUCCCAUAUAACAAUUCUAUAUUUAUGUUUAAAUCAAUGUACUUAGUCUCUAGGUAAAUGCCUGCCAAAGUGAUCUAAAAGUUUCUUAAAUAUGUAAAACACAAUACUUUAGGAAAAAUCAGGAAACACAAAAUGUUAUUUCAAAUGCUGGGAGACAAUAUUACACUGUUAAUCUCUAGUGUAUUUUUCCAGAUCCAUGAGAUUUAAUCCUAUAUGCAGCGCCCAGGUCAGGAGUAAAUCACAUGCCUACUUCUAUUCUCCCCUCUCCACAGCAGGAAAUAGUGUUUCAGUUUCAACCCUCUAACAUGCUUCUUGCAUCAUGGCCCCACUCCUGGCCAUGGUCAGCACUCCAAAUAGAUUAUUCUAGGACCUCCUUGGACACUGCGUAGCCACUGACCAUAAUUUUUAAAUUUUCAUCAACCUGCUGCCUCAGGGAGUUCCAGAGAGUACAGCUUCUUUAUGAAGAUACCAAGAAAUUGUAGGUUAGGAACCAUCUAAGGAACCACUUAAAUGUAAAAUGGUGGAAAUUGCUGGUGAAAUGUCCUCAGCCAUGAUUUCUAUCCUUUUAAAAUGAAUAUCUGGUAUCCGGUCAAGGAUUUAUGGAAACGCUUAUGAGCAGAAAUGCCACAAAGGCCAUGAGGAGAUUCAAGAAGAAGAGAGACUGGAUUCCAUGAGGUUCAAGUUACCAGAAGGAUGACCCCAUCACAUAGCACAGCACUGAAAAGGAUACCUGUAGCCGUAUACACCACACUAAAGAGAGUACUGCUGCCUUCAUUUCACAAACUGGAUCCCUGAAGCUCAUUUUCCUUAGGUUUUUCUCUCAACUAUGGAAGCUGGAUAAAGAGGAGUGAAAAGGCAAGACAUAGUUCAUCCAAGGCGGUGAGGCAGUUGAGAGACUUAGAGCUUCCACUGCCCUUGACUAGAAGAUAGACAAGAAUCUGAGCCUUUCAAGAGUGGAUGUGAAGAUGGUUAGAAAGUUGACAUUUUAAUGGUUACCAGAUGAUCACACUGGUUCUAGGUUGAAACCUGGUUUCAAGAGAGUUCCAGUCUUGUUCAUUUAUUUGCUCCCCAAGACAUAUAUGCUCCCCAAGACUAUGCCAGUAAAGGCCCUUUGGCUCAGAUAAUCUGCAUUAAAAUCUUGCCAUAGUCUCUCACUGGAACAAGCUGAGUCUUUCAGUACAGAAAUGUUGUAAAACUGUUCUGGGAUGCAAUGAUUAUUCUGAUCCCAGGAAUCAGAAAUUACAAAUUCAAGAAUGAUGUGAAGUAUGCAUGGCUAGAGAAAUUUUAUUCUAAGUAUGGAUAAAAUACUUAUAAUAAUUUUUUGAUAAUAAGAACAAAAAUGAGAUCAUUUAAAUUCUCCCCCCUCAUCCGAUUCUUUUCCUGAUAUAAGUACCAAUAUAUCUUAACCCUGAAAUUGUUACCAGAAGCUUUUCUUUUUUAUCAGUUACAUUUCUAAGAUAAUGAGUUAAGAAAUAAAAUAACUUUUAAAACUUCUAAAGUGAUAGCUAAAGAUUAUCAGGUUUUAGACAACAUCCAGUUCACUGAGGUUAGUCAAGCGCCUUGCAACUUCCUGUGUGAGGCCAAAUUGAUGACAUUUCAUGUUGAGAAACUUCCGUUACAGGCCUAAGUUCUGAGAAAAAUAACAUGAAGAAAUUUUAGAUACUCUGUCACGCCACACACACACACACACAUACACAUACACAUGCUUCCAUUCCCCCCCCCACCACCAAAGAAAACUGUGUAACUAAUCAGCAUGCACACUUCAAGAACUCCUUCCUAAAGUGGGAAGUCAUGCUAAAAUUAUGUAAAGGUUGAGAGAAAAAUGAAUAGGGACUAAAUAUAGGUAAAAGAACAGCAGUUUCUAAAUUUGACCAGGUUUUCUGCCUACAGAACUAAGAUGGAAGUAACCCUUACUUUAGGCUACCUCCUAUCUUACCAUUGAAUUCAUCUGAUCACACCCAAUGUUGACCCAGAGGUCCUGGUUUGAGGAUUAUGUGACUUUGGGUGGAUCACUUAUCCUUCAAGCUUUUUUUUUUCCCUCCUCUGUGAAAUACAAAUACUAUAAUACUAAUAUUUCAUAUUUCUGUGUUGAUUAAAUGAGAUAAUGUGUGCAAAACACUCAGCACAGUGCAUGCACUGCAUGCAUAAAAACUAAUAUCUGAACAUAAAAUAAAAGUAGUGCAUACGCUACCAUAGGACGGGCUUAGGCUCAUACUAAUUGAAAUUCUUCAGACCCAGAUUGUAUGAGGGCUAGGACAACUGUGUCUUCCAGUAGCAAUGAGAAUCAGCUGAUUCACCAGAACUUCACAGAUAAAUGACUGUUUUGUCCUGACAGAAUAUUUCUUUGUUGAGUUAUGACAGUUUAGGAAGAGGCUGUAUGGUAUUUAGCUUUGACUCCUCACUCUUGACACAUAAUAGGAAUAAUCACUUUUGAGGACUGAAUGAUUGAAUAUAUAAUUAAA